CAGUGCAACGCACAAAUAACACGAUUUAUUCCAAUACAUCCUCCUUGUUCUGUAGUUAUUAUUCUCGCUUAUGCCGUUUGUGUGAUUCCCCGGCUCCGUAAACCGACGGCAUAGAACAAAGAUCAGUUGCUCGUCAGUACUCAGUGUCUCAAUGGCAUCAGCGAGUACCGAGUAGUGACAACUCCUCCUCUGUUGUCAAAGGUUCAACGAUACAUUUUGUCAUUUCGAUUAUUUUAUUUUCUGUAAACCGUAGUUCGUAGCAGAGUUAUUUUGUAUUGAACUCUUAAACAUUAUAGUGCACGCGCGAUAAAAAAUAAAGUGAAAUAAUAAAAAUAAACGGCUGAUCUCUGGCCAAAUAAACUUAUUCAUCGAACAAUUGACCAGGAAUAAAUUCAAAAUUUGUCUAUUCUUUUUGAGUAAAGUUUAUUCAUUGUCAUAACCGUCAUGAAAUAUUGAAAUGAAUUAUGAAGUCUCAAUAUUAUCACUGUGCAAUUAUAUUCUUAUUUCAACUCACAGUUAACAGCAUAGCCUCUCAAAACGCUUAUUUUUCAUAGACGAUGACCAUGUCGAUUUAUCACUCGCCAAACAGAAGCAAAAAUCAAUUGCAAAUAUGAAUAAUUCGACACAUCCCAGGAUGAUACGCCACGAAGGUGAUUUGGAACGUAUGGGCUCUGAACAUAAAACUUGUUCAAGUAUGCCAUAUCCAAGUAUUAGUUGUCAUAUGAAUACGACAUGUGUGUAUGGAAAUCAAACAAUCGCUAUAUGUAAAGCUAAUGUGGAUUGUCUGGGAGAAAAUACUUUUGCUAAAAACUUGACUUGUCGGUUUUGUUAUCAGACGGAGUUCUGGGAAUAUAAGUGUGAGAAAAAAAUUUGUAAUUCUGCUGCUUCUCCCCCAACUUAUUACCGGACUAAUUGUACGGUGAACAGAGAUGUUUUGUGUUUGGGAAGAAGAACAUUUUUGAAAAGAUUGCGCUGCAAUUGGACAGGUGGCCAUCGGUGGUCGACUGCUUUAAUAUUAAGUAUUACUCUAGGAGGAUUUGGUAUAGAUAGGUUUUACUUGGGACAUUGGCAAGAAGGCAUAGGCAAACUAUUCAGCUUCGGAGGCCUUGGAGUUUGGACACUUAUUGAUGUAUUAUUAAUAUCUAUCAGAUACCUUGGUCCAGCAGAUGGUUCUCUAUACUUGUAAGAAAAUUUUAAACUAUUGGUUGUUUUAAAUUUGCAAUAAAGUAUAAAAUUUGUAAUCAAAAGUA